UGAGCAAGUGAAGCGAAUAAAUAAAUAAAUUGAGGAAUUUAAAGAACCUGAUUCAGAAUUCAGAAGUUCAAUCGUUGGAGUUUGAUUCUGUAGAAACAAAAUGAAAGUGAAGGGAGGAGGGAAGAGGAAAGUGGUAGCCGGAGGGGGAGGGAAUUUGGGUCCAAAUGAAGCAGUUGAUGUUUUUGUUGAGGAGAAUUACAUUGAUGUGAACGAGGAAAAACACCAAGAGGGUGAAGAAAUGGAUGAAGAGAACGAAGAGGAAGAGGAGGAAGAAGAAGACGAAGAAGAUGAAGAUGAAGAAAUGGCACGUGAUGAGGAGCAGGAGGAGCCUCAAGAAGACCGCCCCAAGCUUGACGAGGGUUUCUAUGAAAUUGAAGCCAUUCGUCGUCGAAGAGUUCGGAAGGGUCAGCUUCAGUAUCUCAUCAAAUGGCGUGGUUGGCCGGCAACUGCUAAUACUUGGGAGCCAUUGGAGAAUCUGCAGUCAUGUUCAGAUGUUAUUGAUGCAUUUGAAGAGAGCUUGAGGUCCAGUGGCAAAUCUUCUAGGAAGCGCAAACGCAAAUAUGGAGGUCCUCAUACUCUGGUAAAGAGGAAACAGCCACGCACUAGUAAUGCUGCCUACAAUGUUGGUGUUGCUGGUCUAUCUCGAGCCACUUCUCUCACUAACACAAGCCUUAUUGAUCUCCCAGCCUCUAAUCAAUCUAUAGGAUCAGGUCAAGAAGGAGAAAAAAAUGGAGAUCUCAGCAUUGUCAAAACACGCAGGCAGACUAGUGAGAAUAGAUUUGCAAAUGGUGCAAAACAAGUUGAUGUGAGGAAAGAGGAAUCUGAGUAUGAUCCAAAGCUGAGUGAACUGAAGGGAACAAUGUCUAACAAUGAGGCCAAUGGCGAUAAGAUUGCAGUAAAUUUACAAGAUGCCAAGGUUUUAGAAGGCAAUGGUCUUACUCAUGGGGUCGUCAAAGUUGAUCGAGCAGAAUCGGUUCCAAAUGAUCGACGCACAGGAGCUAAGAGAAGGAAGUCUAGUUCUGUGAAGAGGUUUAAACAAGAUUUAGCCUCCUCUAAACUGGUAGCUGGUCAAGAUUCAACACCAAGCAUUGCUGCUGGCUGUGGUGAUAUAGGUGAGCAACUCGGGUUUGGAAAUUCAAGUUACAAGAACAAGUUUGAUGGUUCCAGAAAUGCAUCUGCACUUGUCAAAAUCAUCAAGCCUAUAGAUUUCUCAGCUUCUGUAUCAGAUAAUGUCCAGGAUGUGUUGGUGACCUUUGUGGCUUUGAGCUCUGACGGUAAAGAAGUGAUGGUGGAUAACAAGUUUCUCAAGGCUAAUGAUCCUCUUCUGUUGAUCAACUUCUAUGAGCAACAUCUCAAGUACAGUGCACAAUGAUUUGAUGGGCAUUUUAAAAGGAGAUUGUGAGUGUAGCAAUAUUUGCUUCAAACUAGCUUCUGUUGUAUACAUAUGUUGUAGUUCUCUCUUUGCAAUAGAUGCUCUGAGAUGAAAAAUACCCUUUUGAUCCAUCAAAUGACACAAAACAGCGUGAUAAUAUUGUAGUUCCAUUCCGACUUCUAUUUACCUUUUUGUCAAAAUAGGUCAGAUUUAUAUACCAACUAAAUGAGUAUUUAAGAUGGUGAUGUUUAGAGAUUCACCAUCUCUGGAAAUAUAGGUAGUUUGUGAAUGGUCAUUUGUACUUAUCUUCAUCCAAUGAUUUCUCUCCUAGGACGAAUGACCAGUAUUAUGCUCUAUAUUGCAGUGAUCUUCAUUGAAAUAGUAAUGGGUGCCCAUUACUUUGUAAAUAUGACUUUUGGUUGUAUUAUGCUUGCCAUCAUACUAUUUAGGAAAUGUGAUUGCUUUUCUAUUGAUUUCA